ACUUGAGCUGCUGGUAUGAUCAUUCAGUGGGGCCUUGUUUUAAUCAGAUUAGGGGAUUAGAAUUGUUUAUGCUGAUUACUUUAUAACCCAGAUUGAGAGAGAGGAGAGGGAUUCUUCAGCAGGAUUUCGGGGGUGAAGGACUGCUCCCUGUAAGCGUUCAAAAUGCCAGUCAUAAAUGUGGAGGAUCUGACAGAUAAGGACAAGGCUGUGAUGGAAGUAAACCAGCUUAAACUUGAAGUCAAACUCGAGAGGUGGUUGACAUCUAAAUGCUGUGAGGAAAUCAAGGAAUAUAUUCAGGCUCUAGUGGAGGAGGACACCCUCGUCAAAGGCAUAUCAGAGGAGAAGAACCCCUUCAAGGAGAAAGGUGGCUGUGUCAUCUGCUAGACUGGACCUAAGGAGCUUUUCAUAUUGAGACUAG